AUGGCUGUGAAUUGGGAAAUACAUCAUGAAGGGGAUGAACCACCCGAAGACUAUGUGGAGGAUUCUGCAAGGGUUAGAACUGAUGUAGAAGUAGAAGGGGAUCCUGGAAGAGUGGGAAGGGAUGGGGAUGCAGAUUCUGAAUAUGCAGACUUGGUUCCUAUUAGGCCAAGAUAUGCAGAAUUUAAUGAGGAAGUUGACAUGAAAACCCCACAAUUUAAUGCAGAAUUUAGAAGUUUCAAACAAUUUGAAGAGGCUGUCAAAAAUUGUUUUGUAAUGAACUUCAAGCCUAACAACAAAAGAAAAUGCAAAGCAUUCUAUAAGAAUGGAUGCCCCUUCUACUUAUGGGCUUCUCCCAUGGUCAAUGAUAGAAACAUAGUCCAAAUUAAGCCAGGGUAUUUGGAUCAUGAGUGUUCAAGAGAUCAUCUGAAUAGACAUGUCAAUGCAGAUUGGAUAACACUUAAUUAUUUAGAGCAGUUUAGGGCAGACCCUGCAUGGAAAAUUGUUGAAAUCAUCCAAGCUAUAAAGAGCAAUCAAGAAGUUGAUAUAAGCAGGUUGAAAACUUAUAGGGCAAAGUGCAUUGCCAAUAGUCUCAUAGAUGGGGAUGAGGUGUCCCAGAUGAAAAGAUUAAAUGAUUACAGGCUAGAAUUGCUAAAGACCCAUCCUGGAUUAACCAUCAUUGUCAAGUGUACAAAUGAAGGGGUCUUUCAAUCACUAUAUGUUUGCCUAGCUCCAUUUAGAGCAGGAUUUCUUGCAGGUUGCAGGUAUUUACUAUCUCUGGAUGACUGCUUCUUGAAGGGGCUGUAUGGAGGGCAGCUACUAACUGCUGUUGGGAUAGAUGCAAAUGAUUGCAUCUAUCCCAUUGAUUGGGCCUUGGUAAAUAAAGAGAACAAAGAAAAUUGGAAGGAGUUCUUGUAG